UUUAGGCAGUGUCAUGUAGCUGAGCGCGUUUUAAGCACGUGUAGUUCAUCAGAACAGAAAAAAAAAUCGAGAAGAUAUCCACUACUAUUUCAUUCGAAGAAAACAAGCACAAUUUUUGCAAGUCAACAUGCACGUGCACUACCAUAUAUAAUCGAUCGAUUACGCUGAAAGUGUCAAUAUUCGAGUUACCUCGGUUCAGGGUUUUAUAGUGCGCCAAUACUGUACCCAGCACCCCUUCACUACUAUUGCCAAACGUUAAGUAACCGCCUUGGUGAAGUGGUGGUGUGAUACAAUUCCGUUGAACUAGUUUUAUCUGCUGGCUGACAAAUCUCAGAGAAGACCUUUGACCACAGCUUGGUCUGAAUAGUCAACCUUCAGCCAACCUGGUGCCAGUGUGGUAGCGAUCAGUACUCAGUCUCGAUCGUGUGGUGCAAAACGUACAAUUUUUUCGGGGAGUAAUUUCGUCCGCUGCAAAAACAGAACCUAACCAGUGUGUGAAGGAAUGUUCCAUCGGAAGGAUCCUGGCCAGUGAAGUUUUUAUGCGUUAUUCGCUCGGGAAGAGAUAAAUCAUUCAACGCGUUGCGAAAAGUUUCCGUUGAGCAGCCAUUCAGCAGCCGUUGACGUAAUGAAUAAGCUAGUAAACUCUGCCACUUCAACUUUGUUCCGAUCGGUAAGCAGCAUUAAGAAAAUGCCUUGCCCAUUCCUGACCCGUCUGAGCACCAGCUAUGUGCGCAACUAUGGCCCCGCCCUGUUGAAGGCCUACGGUUCCCAGUGCCCGGUCGUUACGCGUACGAUUUCGACCCUCCAGGGAAACAUGCCGACUGGUAGCGGCCCGGUAGGUGCUGAGCCCGCCGUUGGUACGGCUACGGCCUUGAAGGAGCCGGUAGCAACUCCCAAGCUGGAGGUUAAGCAGCAAAAUCGCGCCCUUAGCUCGCUGCAGCAGCCCAAGGAGAAGGAGGAAGGCAAGAAGUGUCCGUUCCUGAGCUCGGCCGCGCCGCAUGUCAAGGAACUUGGAGAGGAAAGCGUGGAUAUGCCUGCUAGUCGGCCGUUCCCGUACGAGGAAUUUUUCCAUGAUCAAAUCAUGCGUAAGAAGAAGGACCAUUCGUAUCGCGUUUUCAAAAAAGUAAAUCGUUUGGCGGAGGAAGGAAAGUUCCCGCAAGCGUUGGAAUACUCAUGGGGUAAGCGUCCGAUUACGGUCUGGUGCUCAAACGACUAUCUCGGCAUGUCCUGUCAUCCGGAGGUGAAGAAGGCCGUUUCUCAAGCGUUGGAAACGUACGGAGCCGGUGCUGGUGGAACGCGUAACAUUUCCGGCAACUCUUUGAAUCACGAGAACCUGGAAAAACGUUUAGCUGAGCUUCACCAAAAAGAGGGGGCUCUUUUAUUCACCUCGUGUUUCGUUGCGAACGAUUCUACGCUUUUCACUCUAGCUAAAGCUUUACCGGGAUGUCAUAUCUUUUCGGAUGCCGGAAACCACGCUUCGAUGAUACAAGGUAUUCGAAACAGUGGAGUGCCCAAGCAUAUUUUCCGUCACAAUGAUCCUGCUCAUUUACGGGAAUUACUUUCGAAGGUGGAUACGUCGUUGCCUAAAAUUGUUGCAUUUGAAACUGUUCACUCUAUGACGGGAGCUAUCUGCCCACUAGAAGAACUGUGCGAUGUUGCUCAUGAGUAUGGAGCUUUGACGUUCGUAGACGAAGUUCAUGCUGUCGGGUUAUAUGGUGAACACGGAGCGGGUGUGGGUGAGAGAGAAGGAGUACUCCAUAAAAUGGACAUGAUUUCGGGGACGCUUGGUAAAGCGUUUGGAAAUGUGGGUGGUUACGUUGCCAGUACCUCGCGUUUGAUAGAUAUGGUCCGUUCGUACGCCGCUGGAUUCAUAUUUACGACCUCGCUGCCCCCGACGGUGUUAUGCGGUGCGCUCAAAGCCAUCAACAUUUUGGCCUCCGACGUGGGACGUCAACUGCGUGCCCAGCACCAAGAAAAUGUACGAUAUCUUCGCACAAAGCUACGGGAGGAAGGGUUCCCGGUGGAACACACUCCCAGUCAUAUCAUUCCAGUAAAAAUCGGAAACCCGGCGCAAUGUACCGAGUUAUCCGAUUUAAUGAUCAAACGGUUUGGACACUACAUCCAAGCCAUCAAUUAUCCGACGGUUGCACGUGGCGAAGAGAAACUUCGUUUGGCGCCGACACCACACCAUACCAGGGAGAUGAUGGAUAUUUUAGUACGUGAUUUGAAGAUAGUCUGGAUAGAUUUAGGACUACCCUUGAAUGGACCACCAUGCACUGCGGAGUGCACUUUUUGCCGCAAGCCACUGUUGUUCGAUCGCUUCGAGUCCCGCACUAAAUCGAGCUGCGCUGCUGAAAUCAAUUGCCAGAUACCAAACUGCCCGCAAAUUGCCGCCAUCGCUAAUUAAGCGCCGAUGGUGUUUCAGCGAGGCUUUUUAUCUCUAGCACUUGGCUACAACGUUUAAUUUUUCAUGUCUACUAUCCGGUGCUCCACUACCACUAGGAGUGCCGCAAAUCAUGACGGUGAUUGGUGUUCAACUAUAGAAAUCGAUGUUCAACAGCAGCAUAUCGCAGCCACAUAAUAUUUGUACCGUGUCCACAAUAAAUCCAAAAAUCUCUUAUUUCCACCUGGUGUUCAAAUAAUCGUUUGAUCCAGAUUUACAUUUAUCGUUCAGUAUAUUAGUUUUACACCCCUUGUGAUACUAUGUUGAUGUACUUAGGUGUCUAUGUUAUUUGUUGCCUAGAUGUAUCUAAACUUUCUAAUGAGAAAGCAGAAUCGAAAAAAAAAUCUGAUCGAAAUCAAUAUUCCAAGUAUUCAUUCAAAAACACACGUACUACCGUUAUUUUGUCGACAGUCUUGAUUAAUGAAUGUGCAGUAAAAGAACUAAAAAAUGUGUUUGUCGAUAUGUUGUUGACAAUAUUUGAGGCAAAUGGGUGCUAUGGAAAAAUAUAUAUGUGUUGCAAUCGUA